AUGAACGCCAAGGUGCUGCGAUACUGCGCCUUUCCAGGUCUGCGCUACGUGCUCUGCGUCUUUGUCUCGCCUGACAUGGAAAUGCGCAGGUGCAAGCUUUUCUCGAGAACCAACAACGAGCUUGAAGGCGAGGCUCCAGGGCUUGUCAAACCUAUUCCGAUCACUGCCGCUACCCGUAUCGUGCUGGACGGUCGUCGGCUCUUGGCGCUGCCAGACGUAUUGGUCCUUUCCGAGCGCUUUCCCGCCGAGGUGUCUCUCAAUUUGCACUCGAUCUUGGAAGACGCCUUGCUCUACGAUGAGGAUUGA